AUGCAUGAAAUUUUUAAAUAUGCACCAGAAUUAAUGCCAACAGGAUUUAAUAAUAUUUAUGCAUGUUAUGAUCUUGGAGUAGCCUGUCUUCAAGAAAUUUUGCGACAGGACGUAUAUAAGGUUGAACCAAGAAAUACAACAGGCCGUAGGAAACGCAACAUAGUAGUACACAAGCUGCUUUCACUAUUAGAACACCAAAAAAAAGAUAAGCAAACAAAUAAGCUAACAAUAAAUUGCAAUUCACAAAACAGUCAGAUUGAAAAUAACAAUGUAAGUGCCGGGCAAUUGUAUGAACAAGAAGAUACAAAGCGUCAAUGUAGAGUUACAAAUGAUAAUGAAAAAAAAAUUCUUGGAGAUUUACUUAAAUAUGAUAAUUUCUCUGAAGAUAAAGCCAUCAAAUAUUAA